CUUCCAGGCACAGAAAAUGAUAAAUUGUCUGAGAAGCUGAAACUAAUACUAUUAUGUUUAUGGUCUCCAUAUUUGCCCUCGUAUCAUAAAAACUACUAUACACGCUCAUCGAUAUGUCGAGUACCUUGCUUAGGAACGCCGUUUUCGGUUACAGCGAGGACAUUGGUGACUUCCUGGUUGAGAUGACCUCUUUAAGCACCACUGGCAGGUGUUAUCAUAUAGGAAUGGCUAUGGGUGACGUCUGGCUUGGCCGGUCCUUUCCAUUUACUGCAGGACUUUACGGACAUGCUCUCACUGUGGUAUCUGCAGUCUGGGUGCCUUAUAGGACUACUUGAUAAGAAUGGAUAAUAUUAGCAAUCACACCUUCUACAUCGACAUCACGAACAAAAGCCUCUUUGCGGGGUUAGUGUCCAACCAGAAAGCUUGAUUUAGAAAGAAUAUUCUAAGGGGCAAAUAUAGCUUCAGCAACAUGUGUUAAUUGGCGAGACCAGAGGACUCACACUCUACCAUACCUAGUGUGUAAGAGCCUGUCGACCGAUCAUUGAGACCACAUGUCCAAGCCACAGGCUUCUCAGCGAACACAUA